AAAAACAAAACGAAACAGAGUUGGAAAAGAAAACAACAAUUUCAAGAAAUCGACAACCGCAAAGUCGGGUCCUAUUCACUGUUCAACCGGGUCGGAUCUGUCUCCCCUUGACGGCUAUCCUUUCACCUUUUCACUCCCACUACGUUUCUCUACCCCUUUCUCUUUCUACAACUCUCUCUCUCUUCACCCCCCAUGUGAUCAAGUCCCCCUUUUUGCAAUCACAAAACGGUCCUAGUAUAUUUUGUGUAUCGUUAUCCUCUUCUGCUACCACUCUACUGAUCGUCAGCUACUCGAAUUUGACUUAAUUUGUGCUGAAGUUUCUUACCCCUUUCAAUUUUUGCUGUUCUUGGAUCUUUUUCUCGGCCAUUUCUGUUCUAGUUCAGUUGGGCUGCGGCGAUUGAACUGUUGGAUUGGUGCGAAUUGAGAAUCCGGAGCUGAAUUGCGGUGGUUGGUGGUGUUUUUGAUCUGGGUCUUGUUCAGCUUGUUGAGUUGCAUUGCGGUGGUGAUUGGCCUGCUGUGGAGAUCUGGUGGUUAGUUAGGUCAAAUUGGGGGUGAAGUUUGGAUUUUGGGGUACUUAAUUGGGGGAAAUUGGGGGUUUGGAUCCGGUCAGGGGGGAAACAGCGCCAUUAGAUGGCGCUGUUCAGAAGGUUCUUCUACCGGAAGCCGCCUGAUCGGCUUCUCGAGAUCUCCGAGAGGGUCUACGUGUUUGAUUGUUGCUUCUCCACCGAUGUACUUGACGAGGAUGAGUACAGAACGUAUAUGAAUGGAAUUGUUGCUCAGUUACAGGACCACUACCCCGAUGCUGCUUUUAUGGUUUUCAACUUCAAAGAAGGCGAAAGAAGGAGCCAAUUAUCUGAUGUGUUAUCUCAGUAUGACAUGACAGUAAUGGAUUACCCUCGGCAGUAUGAAGGGUGUCCGCUGUUACCGCUGGAGAUGAUUCACCACUUCUUGCGUUCCAGUGAGAGCUGGCUGUCACUCGAGGGCCAACAGAAUGUGCUGCUGAUGCAUUGUGAAAGGGGAGGAUGGCCUGUGCUCGCCUUUAUGCUUGCGGGCCUUCUUCUGUACAGGAAACAGUACUCAGGCGAGCAGAAGACGCUUGAAAUGGUCUACAAGCAAGCACCGAGAGAACUUCUUCAUCUCUUGUCUCCUUUAAAUCCCCAACCAUCUCAGCUCAGAUACCUUCAGUACAUCUCUAGAAGGAAUAUUGGGUCGGACUGGCCACCGUCAGAUACACCUCUGAGUUUGGAUUGCAUUAUUCUUAGGAUCCUUCCUGUAUAUGAUGGUGGGAGAGGAUGCCGGCCAGUAGUUCGUGUGUAUGGUCAGGAUCCUACUUCAAAAACAUCUACUAGAAGUUCGAAGCUUUUGUUCUCAACCUCGAAAGUCCAAAAGAAAAUCCGCUUCUAUCAGCAGGAAGAGUGUGAGCUAGUCAAAAUCAAUAUCCGUUGCCAUGUUCAAGGAGAUAUUGUUCUUGAGUGCAUCCACUUGGAGGAUGACUUUGUGAGAGAAGAAAUGAUUUUUAGAGUAAUGUUCCAUACAGCAUUUGUCCGGUCAAACGUUUUGGUGCUGAACCGUGACGAAACUGAUGUUCUUUGGGAUGCCAAGGAUCAGUUCUCUAGAGAAUUCAAAGCAGAGGUACUCUUUUCGGAUGCAGAUUCUGUUCGUUCUGUUGUGAACAAUGAUGAAGCAGAAAGUGACGAUGGAAAUGAAACAGAAAAUGCCGGAGCUGAGGAAUUCUUUGAGGCCGAAGAGAUAUUCAGCAGUGCAGUGGAUACUCAUGAUGGCAAGGUGGAACCGGAGUCUGAUGACUAUGAAGUAAUCACGAAUUCUGAGGUAAAUGAGAGUAACCAGGAGGUCGCCGUGAAGGAUGAUUCAGACCAUCAUGCAUUCGAAGAUUGUGCACCUGAUGUGGGAAUUCAGAGGCAUGAACGCAAUGACAGUGCACUGUGUAAUGGCAAUGCUAAAGUAGUGUCUGGACUUGAGACUGAUAAAGUAGCUACCAAUGCGGAAACUAAAUCUGUUAAUAGUGGAACGGGUGAUGAGUCUGAAGAUGAAGGAGAGAGUGAGCAAAACGAAGAAGCUCCUCGUUUAAUGAAGAAUCUCGGAAAGCAGGGCCAGGAACAGAAAUCUAGUGCUGAUAGUAACAAGCCAAAGUUUGAUAGAAGCCUCUCGACUGUAUCUAAAAAGCCACCUGUUUCUAUUUCCCGAUCUGCUUCUGAUGCAGUCACUACCAGUAAAAAAUCUAAGCUGCUGGAUUCGCAGACCACUCCAGCUAGAGUGGCAAAACCAACUGCUGUAUCAAAGUGGAUACCUACUAAUAAAGGUUCUUACACUAACUCAAUGCAUGUUUAUUAUCCGCCAUCAAGAUAUAACAGUGCUCCGGCAUCACUAACUCUUGGCAAAGAUUCUGGAAAAGAUUCUGCGCCUGGAGGGAAAUCUAAGCCUCCUUUUGUUACUUCAUCUUCAGCAACCGCUACAGCUGACAGAGGUAGUAGUGCGUCUGGACGUUCCAGGCAUGCAUCUAACUCGCCAUCAUUAGAUGCAUUACUGGCUAAAGAUGCUUCUGCUGCAUCUCUACCUUUACCCUCACAGGUGGGAGAUAAAGCUGAAAAAAGCAUAGAAUCUCCACCACCUUCAGAUACAGCCCAGCAAUCGCCUCCACCACCACCUCCUCCACCUCAGCCUAAUUCUUUUCUAUAUGAACCUUCAUCAACACCUACAGAAUUGUUUCAAGAUGGCGAGGGCAGUGUUCUUUCAUCUCCACCUGCACCUCCUAGCCUCUCACCAAAUGGUGGACGUUUUACUCCUCCACCUCCGCCUCCGCCUCCGCCUCCGCCUCCGCCUCCGCCUCCGCCUCCACCUCCACCUCCACCUCCACCUCCACCUCCACCUCCACCAUCUGCAGAUGAUGUUACUGUCUUGCCCUCAAGAGUAUACCAGCCACCCCCACCUCCACCUCCACCUCCACCCCCACACCCACCCCCACCUUCCACACUUCCAUUUCCUCACACUGCUAUUGAUAGUAAGUUCUCACCUUCCUCUUCCCAUCCUCCAUCCUCAGGUACAAGCUUAUGGACAGCUCUACAGGAAGUCAUUCCCAAAACCCCGGCUCCUCCUCCUCCUCCCCCUCCCCAUUCUUCCAAUGUGCAGAAUACCAGUAGAGUGCCACCGCCUCCACCACCUCCUCCACCCCCAGUCUCUGGGAGUUCAUGGCAUGCGCCUUUAGGAGUAUCACCUUCACCACCCCCACCUCCUCCGCCACCACCUCCCAUGAAUGGGUCUUUUCAAUCACAUAGAGCUCCACCUCCACCACCUCCUUUUUCACGUAGUGCACCCCCGCCUCCUUUGAAUGGAGCACCACCACCACCUCCUCCGCCUCCACCACCUUCCACCAACCAAAAUUAUUAUCCUUCUCAGAACCAUAGAACUCCACCACCCCCACCUCCCCCACCUCCUUCUAAUGGAGCGCCACCACCUUCCACCUACCAAAAUUAUUAUCCUUCUCAGAACCAUAGAACUCCACCACCACCACCUCCUCCUCCUUUGCAUAGUGCUCCACCUCCACCUCCACCACCACCACCACCACCACCACCUUCUCCUUUUGGUGCACCUGGUGUACCGCCACCUCCACCACCUCCAGGAUGGGGAAUGCCUGCUCCACCACCUCCUCCACCACCUCCGGGAGGGAGAAUGCCUGCUCCACCACCUCCUCCUCCACCUCCCGGAGGGAGAAUGUCUGCUCCACCACCACCUCCUGGACGCGGAAUGCCUGCUCCACCACCUCCUCCACCUCCAGGACAAGGAAUGGCUGGUCCUCCACCACCUCCACCACCUCCAGGACGAGGAAUGCCUGCUCCACCGCCACCUCCCAAUCGGGGAGCUCCACCACCUCCACCUCCUCCUACAUGUGGAACCCCAAUUCCCCCUCCCCCACCUUCAAGUCGUGGCCCUCCACCACCUCCACCCAUAGGAGGAGCACCACCUCCACCACCACCUCCUGGAGGUCGUGUUCCUGGUCCACCUGCACCUCCAGGACCUCCAAGACCUCCAGGAGGUGGACCGCCCCCACCUCCUCCAUUUGGUGCAAAGGGACCUGCAACAGAUAGUAAAGGUUUGCUUGCUGGUAGAGGGCGUGGGCUUCCACGGCCAAUGGCAACAGCACCUCGAAGGUCUACCUUAAAGCCACUUCAUUGGAGCAAGGUAACCAGGGUAUUACAAGGAAGCUUGUGGGAAGAAUUGCAGAGAUUUGGCGAUCCUCAAGUGGCACCAGAAUUCGAUGUGUCAGAACUUGAGACCCUUUUCUCUGCCACUGUACCAAAGUCAGAUGCAGGAGGAAAAGCUGGAAGCCGGAGAAAAUCUACUGGAUCUAAGCCUGAAAAAGUUCAUCUGAUUGACCUAAGGAGAGCAAACAACACUGAAAUUAUGCUCACAAAAGUGAAAAUGCCCCUUCCUGACAUGAUGGCUGCAGCACUUGCAAUGGAUGAAUCAAUUUUGGAUGCUGAUCAAGUAGAAAAUCUCAUUAAGUUCUGUCCAACUAAAGAAGAGAUGGAACUUCUUAAGGGCUACACAGGGGACAAGGAGACUUUGGGGAAGUGCGAACAGUUUUUCCUGGAGCUGAUGAAGGUUCCACGAGUGGAAUCUAAGUUAAGGGUUUUCUUAUUCAAGAUCCAAUUCAACUCUCAGGCUUCUGAUUUCAAGAAAAGCUUGAACACUGUAAAUUCAGCAUGUAACGAGGUUCGGAGUUCCCUCAAGCUUAAAGAAAUUAUGAAGAAGAUUUUAUAUCUUGGAAAUACAUUAAACCAAGGAACUGCUAGAGGUUCUGCUCUUGGAUUCAAAUUAGACAGUCUCUUGAAGCUCACAGAUACACGUGCAUCCAACAGCAAGAUGACACUCAUGCAUUAUCUUUGUAAGGUGCUUGCUGCAAAGACACCAGCUCUUUUAGACUUUCAUCAAGAUCUUGUUAGCUUAGAAGCUGGGGCUAAGAUACAAUUGAAAUCUUUGGCAGAAGAGAUGCAAGCCAUUAUCAAAGGUUUAGAGAAGGUAAAGCAGGAAUUGGCUGCUUCCGAAAACGAUGGUCUUGUAUCUGAAACUUUUCGCAAGACAUUGAAGGAAUUCGUCACCAUUGCUGAGACUGACGUGGCCUCUGUGACAUCUCUAUAUUCUAUUGCGGGGAGAAAUGCAGAUGCACUAGCUCAGUAUUUUGGUGAGGACCCUGCACGAUGCCCUUUCGAGCAAGUCAUUGCAACCCUCUUGAACUUUGUCAGAAUGUUCCGAAAAGCUCAUGAAGAAAACUGCAAACAAGCUGAACUAGAAAAGAAGAAAGCCCAGAAGGAAGCUGAAAUGGAGAAUGCCCAAGGAUUAAACCUGUCGAAGAGAGCGAAACGUUGAGUUGAAUGCUUUUUAGCAGAGACCCAUAUGGCUGUUCCCAACGCUCAGCCUAUGCCCAUCUACAAUAUUUGACUGCAUACACCGCAGGAUGCAGCCAACGAGCCCUCAGCUUUUCUGGAAACCCGGUGCAGAGGCUGCUGUCGAGCCAUCACAAAACCUGAAACUGUAAAGAAGGAAAUUUGAGAAAGCCCGGUGGUUGUUGGGAUGGUGAACGCAACGGAGAUUUCAUCAUCAGAGGUACGUGUUGAGCCCUCGACAUUGCAGGUUGGACUAAUGAGAAAACAUGCUCGUUUUUAUGUGAGAAAACAGUAGCCCUCCCGGUUUUCUGUAUCACCGCAUUGAAUCACCGGUCGACAGAUGAAAGUUGUACAUAAUUGCUAACCCUCUACUUAGAUUUAACACUAAUUCUUUGGUGUAGUUAUAGAAUUCGAUUUGGCUCCUCGCGUUGAAAUGCGUCUUUGUAUAGAACCCGAGUACAGAGAAUAUGUUAUAUAGAACUAGAAGAGCAUAGUCUAAGAUUUGUAGAUAGAUGAUCUAAUCCAGCAUAGGUUUUUUGGUCUCAUCUGUUUCCCUUUACUUUCAAGAAUUGGAUAAAUUCAUUCAUUAGUGAGAAGUUUUCAAGCUUGAUCUGUUGUUUUUUCUUA